CGGUUUUUGUGCUAGGCCCUCAUUGGGCUUGUUGGGGGGGGGGGUCUUGUUCUGCAACGGGCAUGGGAUGGCGGGAAUUUGGGAUUGGGAUGGCAGGAUUGCCGUGUUUUGCUUUUGUUUUGCUUUUUGGCCUGCUCGUCCUUUGAUUUCACGUGUUUCAUUUGUUCAGCAUGCUUUCCCUGGCCUUGCCGUGCCUGCCAGCCAAUCAAUAGCCCAAGCCAGAAGCUGCUUCUUUCCAAUUGGCACGGCGCUUAUAUGUUCAUGCGCAAUUUCCCAAUCAAACUCUAUUUUGCAGCGUGUGCGAACUAAGGCGGCAGGCAGCAAAGCUACUGCUGCGUCUAGGCCUAGCAGCGUCGCUCGAGCCCUUUUGGAGAAAGAGCCAGAGUUGCACUGCGUUGUUUUUGCAUUGAUGCGGCAAGAGAGGCCGACAGGUAGAUGCAAGUGCGUGCGCAUGAAUAUUGGGGGUGGAGGUGGAGGAAGAGAAGAAGGAGGAGGAGCAAACAAACAAACAAACCAGAAAAGAAAAAAAAAAUCAUAGACAAGGGUGUCGGGUGCUUUGAGAUGGCUAGCCCGUUUUAAUUCCCAUCCCGCUAGAUGGGCGGGAUACUGGGGAAAAACCCGCUUUAGCACCGGCAUCCCGCCUUGCCCAUUGGUUUUGCCCAGCAAGGG